CUGAAUAUCUUUGGUUGGUGUUAGGUGUGUUUUGUUCUGUAACCAUGGUGUACCUGAAUUACUGUGUUCUAUUUGUGUGGAUUCUUAGUUUAAAUUACGUUAAAGCAACUGAUUACGACUGCAGCCAACCCCUUCUGGAGAAUGCUGUACUAAAAGCUACUUCAUCUCUUCGUGAACGAGGGCCAGAAAAUGCACGCCUUGAUGGUCCCGGUAGCUGGAGCCCAGCGACAAACACGUACACUGAGUCGCUGAGUAUCGACCUGCGCAGCAGGUGGCAGGUGCAGGCCAUCGAAACCCAGGGCCGGGCAGGCACACGCAACGACUUCGUCGAGGAGUUCCUCGUCCAGUAUUCGGACGAUGGCGAAACGUGGAGGACGUACACUGACGAGACGGGAGAGCCGCAGAUGUUCAAAGGUAACAUCGACGGUGACUCCACGCGCCGCAAUCGGUUUGAUGUGCCCAUUAUUGCGCAGUGGAUCCGCAUUAACCCUACCCGGUGGAGGGACAGAAUCUCACUCCGUCUUGAGCUGUAUGGAUGCAGAUAUGAGGCAGAGACGGUGUAUUUCAACGGUACCGCCCUCGUCCGCAAGGACCUGCAGAGGGACCCAAUAUCGGCAACGAGAGGUGUCAUCAGGCUGCGCUUCAAAACUAACAAUGCAAACGGAGUCCUUAUGUACAGUCGAGGCACACAGGGUGACUACAUAGCGCUCCAGCUGCGCGACAAUCGCAUGCUUCUCAAUCUCGAUCUCGGUUCCGGUGUGGCGACAAGUCUGUCAGUGGGAAGCCUUCUUGAUGACAACCUGUGGCACGAUGUCGUGAUAAGUCGCAAGCUGAGGGACAUAAUCUUCUCUGUGGACCGUGUGGAAAUAAGAGGGCGUGUCAAGGGCGAGUUCCUCAGGCUGGACUUGAACAGGGAGUUGUUUAUUGGUGGUGUCCCUAAUAAACAAGAAGGCUUGGCGGUCAUCCAGAACUUCACGGGGUGCAUGGAAAAUGUAUACCUCAACUCGACCAACCUGAUAAGUGUUAUGAAGGGCUCGUCAGAGUACGGGCAGGAUCAGUUCGACUACCGGACCGUCAAUACAGCAUUUCACUGCCCUGAUCCCCCUGUUACACCAGUUACAUUCCUCACUGCAGGAUCAUUUGUGAAACUGAAAGGUUAUGAAGGUGUCAGAUCAUUAAAUGUUUCUUUUGCUUUUCGUACAUAUGAGCCCAAUGGUUUACUAAUGCAUCACAGUUUCCUUACAAGUGGACAUGUGAGGUUAUUUCUGCAUGAAGGAAAAGUGAAGGUGAGAAUAGUGACAAAUGGGAAUCCGGCAGCACUUUUGGACAAUUAUGAUGAGCGCUUUGAUGACGGACAGUGGCACUUUGUCAUCCUGACUGUCGCACCUAACCUUCUCGUGCUGUCAAUUGAUGGCAGACCUAUGAAGACAGUGAGAUUAAUAGCCAUGACCACAGGAUCAUCAUAUUAUGUCGCAGGUGGAGUGACUGGGACUCCAGGUUUUGUUGGCUGCAUGCGUUUGAUUAGUGUGGAUGGAAAUUACAAGCCACCAAAGGACUGGACAUCAGAUGAGUAUUGCUGUCCUGGUGAGGUGGUGCUUGAAGGUUGCCAAAUGAUUGAUCGUUGCAAUCCAAAUCCCUGUGAACAUGCGGGUGCCUGCCGCCAGAACUCCCACGAGUUCUUUUGUGACUGUACUGGAACAGGUUAUUCUGGAGCUGUUUGCCACACAUCUCUAAAUCCACUGUCUUGCACGGCAUACAAGAACACAAAUGCAGUCAGCCAGCAGGCGGAAGUCAAAAUAGAUGUGGAUGGCAGUGGUCCACUAAAGCCGUUCCCAGUAACGUGUCAUUUCCAUGCUGACGGACGUGUUGUGACGGAGGUGAGUCACAGCAACAUGCAGAUCACACCUGUAGACGGCUUUCAGGCACCGGGCAGUUUCGUCCAGUCCAUACACUAUGAUGCCGACAUGGAUCAGCUGAUCGCACUCGUCAACCGAUCCCAGUCCUGUGAGCAGUCCCUGAUGUACCAGUGUCGCAAUUCUAGGCUCUUCAAUGCAAAUGCACAAACUGACAGGUUUGAACCCUACUCUUGGUGGGUGUCCCGGAGCAAUCAGAAGAUGGACUACUGGGCAGGAGCUGUACCGGGUUCACGCAAGUGCGCCUGUGGGAUCAUGGGGACGUGUGCUGACCCGACUAAGUGGUGCAACUGCGACGCAGACCCGCGCACUGUUCAGGCACUGCAGCAGCAGCAGCGCGAGCAGCGGCUGGCCAACGGGCUGAGUGUCGGUGAUAACCCAGGUUUCGAGGGCUGGCUGGAGGACUCUGGGGACAUCACGGAGAAGGAGAACCUGCCGGUGAAGCAGGUGCGCUUCGGGGAUACCGGCGGCCCGCUCGACGACAAAGAGGGUCGCUAUCGCCUGGGCUCACUCCGCUGUGAGGGUGACGAUCUUUUUGACAAUGUGGUCACUUUCCGCAUAUCUGAUGCCACUAUUAAUCUGCCAAAAUUUGAUAUGGGGCACAGUGGUGACAUAUACUUUGAGUUCAAGACGACAGUAGAGAAUGCUGUUAUCAUCCACAGCAGGGGACCAACAGAUUACAUCAAGGUUUCAAUCAUUGGAGGAAACCAUCUUCAGUUUAUUUACAAGGCUGGUGGUGGCCCUCUGGGAGUGAAUGUGGAGACUUCGUAUCGCCUGGCUGACAACAACUGGCAUUCUGUUUCUGUGGAAAGGAACAGGAAAGAAGCUCGCAUAGUGGUCGAUGGGGCUCUGAAGGCGGAGGUACGAGAACCCCCUGGACCUGUUCGAGCUUUACACCUGACAUCGGAUCUCGUCGUCGGAGCAUCUGUAGACUACCGAGAUGGAUUUACGGGCUGCAUCCGAGCUUUGCUGCUCAAUGGACAGCGAGUAGACUUGCGAAGCUAUGCAGAGAAGGGAUUGUAUGGCGUGAGCCCAGGAUGUAUUGGCAAGUGCGACAGCAGUCCGUGCUUGAACAAUGGGACGUGCCACGAAGGCUACGAUAGCUACUGGUGUGAUUGCAGGUGGACUGCCUUUAAAGGGCCCAUCUGUGCUGAUGAAAUUGGUGUGGUCAUGAAAUCUAGCUCCAUCGUUAAGUAUGACUUCAUGGGUAGCUGGAGGUCAACCAUUUCAGAAAAGAUUCGUGUCGGAUUCACGACCACCAACCCAAAGGGGUUCCUGCUGGGUUUCUUCUCCAACAUCACUGGUGAAUACCUCACAAUCAUGGUUUCCAACAGUGGUCACUUGCGUGUCGUGUUUGAUUUUGGCUUUGAGAGACAAGAGAUCAUUUUCUUGGAGAAGCAUUUUGGACUCGGUCAGUAUCACGAUGUUCACUUAUCAAGAAAAAAUUCAGGUGCGACCAUGAUCCUACAGGUUGACAAUGACGAGCCACGAGAAUAUAAUUUCAACAUUAAAGCCUCAGCAGAUGCGCAGUUCAAUAACAUCCAGUACUUGUACAUAGGGCGAAAUGAGUCCAUGACUGAGGGCUUUGUUGGCUGCAUAUCACGUGUGGAGUUUGACGACAUUUACCCUCUCAAACUGCUUUUCCAGGAGAAUGCCCCACCCAAUGUCAGGUCUCUUGGAAGUCCACUGAAUGAGGACUUCUGUGGUGUUGAACCAGUGACUCAUCCACCUGACAUUAUAGAGACUCGUCCACCUCCUAUGGUCGACAGUGACGUAUUAGAUAGGAUUUAUCGCCAUACGGAUUCUGCCAUACUUGGAGGUGUCCUUGCAAUAAUUUUCUUGGCCUUGGUGCUGAUGGCUGUUCUGAUUGGCCGAUACCUGGCCAGACAUAAGGGUGAAUAUUUGACACAAGAGGACAAGGGAGCAGACGAUGCGCUCGACCCGGAUCAGGCUGUUGUCCAGUCGGCAACAGGCCACCAAGUAGAGAAGAGGAAGGAGUGGUUUAUUUGAAGUGAAACAGGUUCCACGUAGUGACAGUGGCAGACUCGGAAGUUUGCCAUUAUGUUGUGUCAAAUGCGACCCGUGCUCUUAGUUGUGUGGGAGUAGUAGGUGCACACUAUUAAUGUUCACAAGAAGAAAUCUCACAAAGAAAUCACACCAAAACUUUUGAGUGAAAAGGGAGUUAUAUCGAAUUCAGUCAGCGUUGGUGAAAGAUAUCUGCUUUAUCGCAAGCUUUAUUUCAGAGACAAAGUGCAAAGUUUUGUAUGGAGAAUUAUGUACUGGGCUGCAGUGUAGAGGUAGAGUUAUUUGCAACUGGCUGGUGUUUCCUCAGGUAUACAUUUUAUAACAGAAGAGUACUUUUUUUGGGAAUUGAAACUUUUGCUACUACAUAUCAGUUAAAGUUUCCAUACCAAAAGUAAAAAUAGAAGGUAAUUUGUUCCAUCAACCUUGUCAUUAUGGACCUUAUAGACUGACAGUACCUAUUUGAGUAAUAUUAAGAAAUUGUGGUCAUCUGCUAAAACAGUCUGUAGGUAGAAAGUUAAAGAUUCUUUUGACUUUGUUUCUACAGAUUUAGUAAAUGACAAAGCAGUCAGAAUGCUGCUGUUAAAUUUUGCUGAGUAAAAUGCAGUGUUUUGUAGUAACUUGUAUAGUUUGGUUGUGGCAGCUGCCUCCAUUUUAUGUACUUUACAACCUAUCCUUUUCCCCCCCUAAAUGAAAGAUUUUUACAUAUCCAGAUUUUAAUAAACUUUUGUGAAAAAACUCCAAUUUGAUUAAAAAAAGAAAACCUUUUCAUCCACUGCCACUAAAAACUAACCUGUUGCUCAGAACUGUAAUUUGUAGCCACAACAGAGCUGAAAUUUGUGACCUGAGUGUGCUGUGUGAGCAUGCCUUCGUAUCUCUGUGACUAAAGUCACUGUUAGAGAUUUAUACUGUAAAAUUUUUAUUACACUUUGUGUGGUUGUGUAUUAAUGAUUGCACUUAAUUUUUUCAGUAUUUCCCCGAGCAAUAAGCAGAGAUUAUUACCACAGUCUAACGCAUGCAGUCAUAACAUUCAUGGCUGUGAAAGUUGUUACCGUCUGGUAGCCGAAACAAGACUAGCUCCCCUAGUGGCAGGAAAUCCCAGGAUUGGAUCCGAGUUUGUUGUUUGUUCUAUUCUAUUUAAUUAAUGAAGUGAUUACUAUAUUUGCUUUCUGAGCAUUACUUAUAUAUCAAGAGACAUGAAUUAUCAUAAAAUAAAGCAAAAACAGCUCAAUCUGACAGAUUUAGUGACAUAAUCUACAAUUUGUUCAUGAACAAAUAUUGUCAAAUACUUGCAUAAUUGCAGCUUACUCAGCUGAAAGCAAGUGAGUGUAAACGUAUAUUUGGUCCAUGAGAAGCAUAUAUUUCUGUUGUUGUCCUUUCUUAUUGUGAUUGACACUUACCUCAACACAAAACAAUUUUGUAUAGAGUCUAAUGAUUCGCACAUUCCUAAUACAUGAAUAUUUUCAUAAUUGUAAUUACUUUUGCUUCAGAAGAAUAUGUCUUGGAAGAAUUUUUAUGGCAGUACUACACUCCCUUUAGUAAAAAAUUAUUUUACAAAUCAAUAUAAAUGAUACUAUUCUCAUUCGUCAAAUAUCAUGUUUGACGUAGCUUACUCUCCGCUUGGAGUGCUGCUGUCACAGUUUAGUGCAAAAUUUAGCUGGAGUGUAAUGACUGUAUGUGUUGGACUGUGUUAUUACUAAGACAUUAUGAUAUUUUAUAGAUUUAAAAGGUAUUUUAUUUAAUAUAAAUGUUCUGAGAAAGUAUUAUCUGCCACCUAUUUUGUUUCUUAUAUUUAAAUGUCUAAUUAAUCUACACAAUUAAGAGUAAGCCUGCUGAUUUUGAGAAAGGUAGGCAAGCACUUUUUCAGAGUUUAUUAGUGUCUGUUGGUUGUUGUGGAACAUGUGCAUGCAAUUUUUACGAUUCGUACAUUGAAACAAUUUUCUCUUCAGCCAGUUGUAACUUUAUUUUCAGUGGUUGAUAAUGUGACACAAACCAAAAAAAAAAAUAGUUUUGCAUCAUGAGAGAAAGCGAACUGAGAUGCAAAUUAUGUCAUUCACCUUAAGUAAUGGUACGAGAUUAUUUGUCCCGAGUGCUUACUCAGAUCUUUGGCUCAAAGAAAAAUAUUAACAGUAUCACUUGUAUUUGGUAAUUAUAGUGAAACAAAUCUGUGAUGUUGCUUGCAGAAAAUGAGCUUAGGAUGAAAACCACUGUUGUGACUGAAAUUCUAGAAAAUACGUUGUUGAAAUAAGGGAAAUUUCUUAUUUUACUGUAAUGGAACCAGUUUCUACCACUAUUUCUGAAUAUGGCAAGUAUGUGGUGAUUUUUAGAAGAAUCCAGUACUUCAGUUUUUUUAUUAUAAGUGCAAUCUGUAAGAAAGGAAUCUCAUUUAGUGUUGUGCAAGUUACUUGUAGGCUGCAGCUCUGAAUAAUCUCGGAUAUAUUUUUUUAUGUGGAAAAAGAACAGUGAAGACACUGUAUUUGUUUAAAGUACCCUCUGCUUUCAAUGGUUUGUGUCACAAAUUUAAAUUAAAUAUUGCUUUGUUAGAACUUACAGUAUUUUAUUUAGAGAAAAUGAAUAAAAAUAAAUUACUGGAAGGUAAUUUUAGUCCUUCACAAAUAGAGAUAGGAAGUAUUAAUUCUGUGUGUAACAGAGCAUUGCCUUGCUAAUGUGACAUGCAUAUUUUAAGACUUGUCAUGGCCUUUGGAACUUGUGAUAACGUUAUGCAAUUUAUGAUGCUGGAGUUGAAGAAAUUUAAAUAUUUUAUUUCUUAAUUUUUAUUUUGUCGAGUAGUUGUAUAUAUUUGUUAUUUUGGUGAAUCACACCGCCGAAGCAUCGGCAAAUUAUGGCAGCUAUUAAUUCAGUUAUACAUAUGUUGUGUCUUAUAUUUUAGUAUUAUACAUGUGAUUUAUUUUCAGUUUAUAUUUUGUAAUAAAUAUACAUUUGAAAUAUUA